AUGCCUUUUCAGUUUUAUGAACCAAUAUUUUCUGCUCAUUUCUUGAUGAAAUUCAUUCAAACUCCUUCGGGGGUUUGGUUUAUGAUAGCAGCGAAAAUUAACAUCUUGAAGGGUGUGCCCACUAGGAAGAAGACUUCUUUUAAUACCUCUUUUAUAUUUAUGCGUAUAAAGUUGCAAAUUAAAUUAUAUUUAAUAAGAUUUAUUUGUGAUUUUCUCCCUAAUGACUUAUUUAUGACAUUUCUUAUCGGGAUGACUGGAUACUAUUCAACUUAUUUAAUUACUGUUCCUGAAUUAGAGCUUUCAGGAUAUUGGGCAGCCAAGUUAUCUAAUCUGAGAAACCGUGCAAGCAAAAAUGCUGUAGAUUUAUACGGUUUCGUCGGUAAAGCUUUCUUAAAACAAAAGGCAGUUAGUAAUCUUUGCUUCAAAAUACAUUUUGAUUUUCGUGACCCAAGCUCUGCCUGUGGAAUGUUGAAUUUUACGACGAUGGAUAAAAUUUCGUACACUAUGUUAAUCCUAUGUUUCAUACCAUGUAAAGAAAGUCACCGGUAUUUUUCUAGUUAUCAAAGUGGAAAAUCAAAAUCGUAUUCACUGUUAAUUUUAAAAUUAUUUGUGCUUACUUCAGAGAUGGUUUUUAGCAUAUUUGAAAUUCCUUGUGAUUCUUGA